AUCAAUCAGUCAAUCAAUGGCAGCUGUGCCUGUUGACGGUUCAAACUCGUCUCCUCCACUCCCGCCCGUUGGAGGAAGCGCAGCUCUCCAGCGCUCUGCGCAUGCCCAGAGAAAGCCUGAGCCAAUCACGUUUCAGAACACAGAUCACGUGAUUCUUCCGCCGCCAUAGUUGUUAGUGGCAGCGAAGCCCUCGCUCUGUCCGCGUUCGGCUGCUGUCCGGGCCGCCGCCAUGGUCCAGACGUGCUCGGCGUACGGCUGCAAGAACCGGUACCACAAAGACAAAGACAUUUCCUUCCACAAGUAAGCCCCUCCCACAGAGGCGGACGCUCCGCCGCCGGAGCGCCGGUUUUCCGGGAAGAAAACCUCCCGGUUCCCGUUGGCGCGUCCGGACGUUUGCGGGAAGUGGGUGGCGGCCAUGAGGAGGAACAACUUCAAACCAACAAAGUACAGCAACAUCUGCUCCCAACACUUCACCAGCGACUGCUUCAAGAGGGAGUGCAACAACCGCGUGCUGAAGGAGAACGCCGUGCCGUCGCUCUUCAGCGCCAACCUCAGCUUCAAGGUGGAGUCCAUGGACGACCCUUUCUCCUCAGAGAUUCCCGCCUCGCUGUCUUUGCCUCUGACAUCUGACUCGCCGGCAGAGGAGGAGCCUGAAGGGGGCGCGCCGGGCCCCCGCACCGACACGGCGGUGGUCUCCUGUGACCACAACUACACGGCCGAGGACUCGGCGCAGCAGAAGAAACGCAUCGAGCAGCUUGAGGAGCAGCUGGAGCAUCUCAGGAAGAAGCUGAAGACCGCCCAGCAGAAGUGUCGGCGGCAGGAGAGACAGCUGAGGAGGCUGAAGGCCGCCCAGGAGGGGCCCCGGGGCCCCGCCCCUGCAUUCAGUGAGGGCUACGUCAUUUUACCCAAGCAUAUGUUCCACGCGCUGAAGGGCAUCGAGUGACGGACAGCCAAAGCGAGAGGAGGUGAAACGACGAGCAGAGAGGAUCAGUCUGGCUUCAUGUUCACAGACUGAGGUCCUGAAGCUCUGCCGGGCCCGUGGGGGCCGUCUCUGGCUGGACCCCGCCGUGGACGCCACGCGGGACGUGGAUGUCCUGGUGUGGACAGAAAAGCUCUGGAAAGGGACUCUGGUGAGGAGUUCUGGCUUUUGCUCUGUAAGAAAGUUAGUUCUCCAGGAAAACGACUGAAGGGGGCGGGGCCAGUUAGCUGGGUUUUUGAUUGGUUGGGAUGGUUUUCAGAAGAACAAGCGUUUUGGUCCCGUGAACAUAGAGUCCUGCAUGAACUCCACGAGGAGCAUGUGUUGUUCUUCAGCUCCGCACUGGAGCAGAACCUCAGUCCUUACUGCCAUGAUCGGUCACUUCCUGCUUCUCCCGCCGCUGCGUCCCGGUCCCACGUUGGUGUUUCUGCACAGGAACCUGCAGGCUGAUGGAGCUGCUUCCCUCCCAAAAAAGACGGUGGAGCUCCUAGCACUCCAUCCAGUGAUGCUUAAACCUGAAGACAAACGUCACCCAAGCACCUCCCCCUCCUUAAGCAAAUAAAACAGUGAAACGAUU